UGUAUUUGCAAAUUUUAAUAAUUAUUUUGGCCUAUUUUACACUUGGCAUUUACACUGCCGAAUGGAUGGGUAUAUUUCGUAAUGAGAAAUAUCCGGGAAAAUGUGUCAUUACACCCCAUCUAUUACUCGAUGAGGGAGUGAGCAUUAAAGAUCCCACACACGAGUGUCGGCAAAUUGUGUGCGGUUUCAAUGGUUCCGCUGUAUUCCAAAGUUGUGGAAUUGUCAGUGGCUUGCCAGCAUCGUGUCGCUUUGGGGACUAUGCCAAUGUGGAGUUACCCUAUCCGCACUGCUGUGAAAGGGAAGUCAUCUGUACCCAAUUCAAAUUCGACAAAAGCAGACGGCUUAGAGAAAUCCAUACACUAUUCUAAAUAUAUACUAUACAAGAUGUUUGUUUUGAGAGCUGUCUGCAUGAUGCUAACAUUCAUAGGCAUUUGUCGAUCUCAACUAAUCAAUUCGCUAAAUAAC